GGGCUUUCCGGGGCGGGGAGCGCCGCGCCGCCAUGCCCGCCGCCCCGCUCGGCCCCGGCGCGGCCGCCCGGCCGAGGCGCGGGGCGCUGCGGGCCCGCUAGGCCCCGUCCGCCGGGAGGAGGGCUUUCCGGGGCGGGGAGCCGCCGGUGCGGCGGAGGGCGCGGGCAGGGGCCUGCGGCGAUGGCGACCGCCUGGCCCUGGCUGCUGCUGUGGCUGGGGGCGGCCACCCUGCGCGCCCGCCCGACCCCGCCGCGUAUCCGGCUGCCGCUACGGGGAGGCGCCGGCCCGCCGCCGGGUCUCCGGGCCCGCCGGGCACCGGAGGAGGCCGAGCGGGCCGGCAGCUUCGUGGAGAUGAUCGACAACCUGCGCGGCAAGUCCGGGCAGGGCUACUACGUGGAGAUGACGGUGGGCAGCCCCCCGCAGAAGCUGAAUAUCCUGGUGGACACCGGGAGCAGUAACUUUGCUGUGGGAGCUGCGCCUCACCCCUUCCUCCGGCGAUACUACCAGCGGCAGCUGUCCAGCACCUACCGCGACUUGCGGAAAGGUGUGUACGUGCCCUACACCCAGGGCAAGUGGGAAGGGGAACUGGGCACUGACCUUGUCACCAUCCCCCACGGCCCCAACGUCACCGUCAGAGCCAACAUUGCUGCCAUCACGGAGUCGGACAAAUUCUUCAUCAACGGCUCCAACUGGGAAGGGAUCCUGGGGCUGGCAUAUGCCGAGAUUGCCCGGCCCGACGACAGCCUGGAGCCCUUCUUUGACUCCCUGGUGAAGCAGACCCGGGUGCCCAACAUCUUCUCCCUCCAGCUUUGUGGGGCAGGCUUCUCGCCCAACGAGACGGAGGCCCUGGCGUCGGUGGGAGGCAGCAUGAUCAUUGGUGGCAUUGACCACUCGCUGUACGUGGGUGACAUCUGGUACACGCCUAUCCGGAAGGAGUGGUACUACGAGGUCAUCAUCGUCAAGCUGGAAGUCAACGGGCAGGACCUCAACAUGGACUGCAAAGAGUACAACUACGACAAGAGUAUCGUGGACAGCGGGACCACCAACCUCAGGCUGCCAAAGAAGGUGUUUGAGGCUGCGGUGAAAUCCAUCAAAACAGCUUCGUCGACGGAGAAGUUCCCGGACGGCUUCUGGCUGGGGGAGCAGCUGGUUUGCUGGCAGGUCGGCACCACCCCCUGGCACAUCUUCCCCGUCCUAUCCCUCUACCUGAUGGGGGAGGCCACCAACCAGUCCUUCCGGAUCACCAUCCUGCCCCAGCAAUACCUGCGCCCGGUGGAAGAUGUGGCCACCUCUCAGGACGACUGCUACAAGUUUGCCAUCUCCCAGUCCUCCACAGGCACUGUCAUGGGCGCCGUUAUCAUGGAGGGCUUCUACGUGGUCUUCGACCGUGCCCGCAAGCGCAUCGGCUUCGCCGUCAGUGCCUGCCACGUGCACGACGAGUUUCGGACAGCCGCCGUGGAGGGACCCUACCUGCACUCCAACAUGGAGGACUGCGGCUACAACAUCCCACAGACGGACGAGUCCACCCUGAUGACCAUCGCCUACGUCAUGGCAGCCAUCUGCGCCCUCUUCAUGCUGCCCCUCUGCCUCAUGGUGUUCCAGUGGCGCUGCUUUCACUGCCUGCGGCGGGACCACGACGACUUCGCCGAUGACAUAUCCUUGCUGAAGUGACGGCAGAGCGUGGGGGCAGCCCCGGGGGCCACAGCUGAGGCAGCGGGGCAGGGAGAGGUAGGUCCUUUCUCUGGGGGCUGGAGCGUGGAGGCAGGGCAGCAGUGUGGGGAGCUCGGACCCUCAGCCCAGGCUCUCCUGGCCCUGGGGGACUCGGUGCCCGGCAGGGCUGGCGGGCUGGGAGCAGCCAUGGGAGCCCCAGGCCCGGGCACAGGACACCUGCCUGAGCCGAGCUCCAGAGUUCCCAUCUCGGGAGCCUCCCGUCCCCAGCCCCGGGCUUUUCAGAGACAGCCACGCAGGGCCAGCCUGGGGCUGCCCGGACAGGAGCAGCCAGAGGCAGGGGUUUCCCUCCCAUCCUUCUGCUUCCCCCGUACAAGUCUCGCUCCAGCGUUUCCCAUGGCAUUUCCCCUGCCCUCCCAAACCGUCCUUCCGCUGCUGCCAGCCCCAGGACUCCCUGUGCCCACCCUGCCCUCCCGCUGGCCUCCCGGGACAGGCAGGAGCAGGCACCCAUCCUCUCCCUGCUCCAUUUUCGCUCGCCACGUCCCUUUUGGGGACAGGAAACUGCCUCGCCUCCGUUCCAGCAGCAGCGGCGCCUGCCACGGAGAAGCUGGUGGCUGCUGCCCUCCUGUCCCCGGAUAAACAGCCUCCCGGCUCGGGGACAUUGGCACUUGCCCCCACGGGCUGUGUGGGGAGGGAAAGAAGCGGCAUGUCCCCCCUCCGAGCACCAGGCAGCCCACUACGCGCAGAAACCGCGUGCCAAGAGAGCGCGAAGUACCCAACCCCAGUGCCGGCCACUCCCCGGCCCACCCGCGCCCGUUUGAAAGCCAUAGGGGAGCCAGCGCCAGGCUCGGCCGGCUCCCGCCCGCAGACCCUGCCCUGCCUCACCGCCGGCGAGUCCCACGGCGGAUCCUCCCCGCUCGCUCCACGAGUCUGUGCGUCUUGGCCGGACCCCGGCUCCUGCUCCCACGGCGUGAGACACCCUGGCAGCUCAGGGGCUGCGGGGACUGCAGCAUUUCUUAUUUUUUAAACACACGGUUCUAUUUAUUUCAGGUUUUGUUUUUUUUUUUUUUUAUAAUGCAAGUCACUGGUAGUGCAGCUGUGCAGAAUCAGAGCGUGUAUAUAGCAGGUCCCACACCGUGCACGGGUGUACAAGUAACGGUCGCUUCUCACCUGUACAAGAUACACAUAUAUCUAUAUUUUUAAUUCUAGCGCUGAAAGCCACUGUUCCAAACCCGACAUUAGAGGGUUUGGUCCUGUUUUGUUUUGGGGUUUUUUUAAAUACUUUCAGCCCUCCGCUCAGUCCUAGGGCCUCGGCCACAACCCAAGGCCAGGGCUCGCUCAGCAGUGGUGUGCUCGGGUGGAAGCACUUUAUGGAUCAGGGGUGGCCUGAGUUGGUUUCGGAGGAGGUGGUGACAGUGACGGAGGGAUGCAGGAGGCGGGCAGGGCCAGAGCACACAGAGCAGUGGUUCAUGAGCCAAAAGGACCUCCACCGCAGGCUCACUGCCUCCCUUCCCCUGGGCAGACGCUCUCGAGCUUGCAGGCAGUUGAUCAUGCUGUACUUCCUUACUUCUCUGCCUCCAACCUGGACAGGAAAGUCCUUCCUUUCAAACACCAAGAUCCGCUAAUUAAAAGGCAACGUUCCUCCACAAGCAAAAGAGGGGGCUGCCUGCGGCGCGGGGGCCGAGCUGGCAGCUGCCCAGUGGAGGCAUGUGCAAGAGCCCAGCCACUGCUUCACCUGGGGACAGGGGCUGGGGGCUGGAGCGCUGCGGGUCUGCAGUAAUCGCCAAGCAUAAAGCUUGUUAACUAAACCCUGCGGUUAAGUAUUUCUUUGAAAAAGCAGUGAGGCAGCCAGCGCGCACGGGAAGAGGAGGAAACCCACACCGUGUAGGAGAGGCAAGCCAGGCACCGCUGCAGCAGCCCGGUACACGCACCCCUCCGCUGUCCCACUUCACUACUAGCACCCUCGCAAGUAGCAUCCCCUUCCCCUACCUUGCUCUGAAACGGCAAGCACCCAGCGAUUCUGCUUCGGCGCAGGAGGGCAACGUUACAUGAUUGCAGCGUGCGCGCAGACCUCCGCACCCUCGUGCCUGCCCAGGAUGCCCCCCUCCCCAGGAUCCCAGAGACUCUGUUGUGGACCACUGCCUUAAAAUGCUGGCAAGCGUGUGCGUGCGUGCAUGUAGAAAGAUUCAGACAGCGGCCAAAUUCAGGCAUGCUGCGCCCCGGAAGCGCUUGCCCUGACCGACCCCAAGGUGUAGGUGCCUCCAGCAGCGCGGAAUUCGUGCCACAGACUGCAAGUAAGGGGGAAAAAAUUUCUAGAGAGUCAGUGCAAGAUUUUAAGUGGGGCCGAGCACCUAGUAAUCCCACCGAAAUCCACAGAGAAAGCGCUGGCGCCUCAGCCCAUGCUUUAGGAGAAAGGACAGGAGAGGGGAAAGUAGGAACUGCAACAGGUUGGUUGGUUAUCCUGAGCUGCAGCGCAGCUGAAUCCGUUCACUCCUGAGCGCUCUCUCCCCAGGGCCCAGAGUUAGAGCAGGGAACACCGGGUCAAGGCGUGUGCGGAACUCUGCCCCACAGGAGGGGGACGGGGACGGUUACUGCAGGCCGUCGCUGUAGGCUCCAGUACUCUGUAACCCAUUGUCUAUGUAAGAACGAUGAAUGUUAACACGGUAAAUUAUUAUUACAUUAAAAAAAGACCACAAAAAAAAUGCUCUUCAUCUGUGACCUGUUCACUGCCAAGAGGGGAGCUACUGGGUGAGCACCCACAGCGCCAGAUGGACACAGCAGGGGGCCAGGCACAGGGCGGUGAGGUAUCCCGCCAAGGGGAAUGGUUUGCGGCAAGUGUGGAGCUGCCGGAAGCACUGGCCCCGGAGAAGGAGCCAUGGGAAGCUAAGCGGGAAGAGGCAGUUACAGCAGCCACCAGCAUCCUGGCAAGCAGGUUAUGCUUUAACUCUCAUUCACAAGGAAGCCAGCAAGGCUGCGAGCUAAGAAAUAAGGAGCAGCACCAGAUCACUGCAUAAUAUACACACUUUAUUUAUGAAUUUGUAUGUAUACAGACUUUCUAUACACACAUUACCUAUAUAAUAAAAAUGUACAUGUGUAUACAUGGUCGUAUAAAUAUAGAACUGUAGAAAUCUUA